AGAAGUGAAAGUAAACGUGUGAAGGAGCAGAGCUGCAGUUGCGUCCUAUUUGUCUCUGAAAGAAGAUUCAGCCGAGUCCAUCAGGUUUCUCUCAGCAACAGUGAGUGCAGACAUGGCUGCUGCCAGUAAUCUGCAAUCUGAAGAUCAGUUUCUGUGCUCCAUCUGUCUGGAUGUGUUCACUGAUCCAGUCAGCACACCAUGUGGACACAACUUCUGCAAAAACUGCAUCACUCAGCACUGGAACACUAAUGACAGAUAUAAAUGUCCCAUGUGUAACAAGGUGUUCAAGAGACGACCUGAACUAGACAUCAACACUUUGUUCUCUGAGAUGGUUGCUCAGUGCAGACGUGAAGCUCAGCAGAAAGCCAGCAGCAGCAGCUCAGAGCAACAAGCUGCCAAACCAGGAGAAGUUCCCUGUGACGUCUGCACUGGAACCAGACUGAAGGCCCUGAAGUCCUGCCUGGUGUGUCAGACCUCCUACUGUCAGACUCACCUGGAGCCUCAUCUGACAAAGAAAGGUCUGAGAGGACAUCAGCUGAUUGAUGCUGUGGAGAACCUGGAAGUCAAGAUGUGUAAGAAGCACGAAAAACUUCUGGAGCUGUUCUGUAAGACGGACCAGACACGUGUUUGUGUGCUCUGCUCUGUAUUUGACCACAAGAACCACGAGUUUGUUCCUCUGAGAGAAGAAUAUGAAGGAAAGAAGGCAGAGCUGGAGAAGACAGAGGCUGAGAUUCAGCAGAUGAUCCAGAAGAGACGACUGAAGAUUCAGGAGAUCACAGAGUCGGUGAAGACGAGUAAAGAUGCUGCAGACAGACAGAAAGCAGAAGGUGUUCAGGUCCUCACAGCUCUGAUGGAGUCUGUUGAGAGACGCCUGAAGGAGCUCAUAAAGGAGAUCGAAGACAAACAGGAAACUACAGAGAAACAGGCUGAAGGUCUCAUCAAAGAUCUGGAACAGGAAAUCUCUGAGCUGAUGGAGAGAAGCUCUGAGGUGGAGCAGCUCUUACACUCUGAAGACCACCUCCACCUCCUCCAAAGCUUCUCGUCCCUGAAAGCUGCUCCACCCACCAAGGACUGGACAGAGGUCAGAGUCCGUCUACCAUCAUAUGAGGGGACUGUGGUGAGAGCUGUGGCUCAGCUGGAGGAGACACUCAGGAAAGACUUGAAGAAGCUGUUUGAGGCUGAGCUGAAGACGGUCCAGCAGUAUGCAGUGGACGUGACUCUGGAUCCUGAUACAGCGUAUCCUAACCUCAUCCUGUCUGAUGAUGGGAAGCAAGUAUACUGUGGUGAUGUGAGGAAGAAUCUUCCAGACAACCCAGAGAGAUUUUCUGCUUGUGUUUGUGUUUUAGGAAAGCAGAGCUUCUCUUCAGGCAGAUUUUACUUUGAGGUUCAGGUUAAAGGAAAGACUGACUGGGACUUAGGAGUGGCCAGAGAGUCAAUCAACAGGAAGGGAAAUGUUAUGCUGAGACCUCAGUAUGGUCUCUGGACUGUAGUGCUGAGAAAUGGAAAUGAAUACAGAGCUUGUGCAGGUCCUUCAUUCCGUCUCUGUCUUUAUUCUGGUCCUGAGAAGGUGGGGGUGUUUGUGGAUUAUGAGAAGGGUCUGGUCUCCUUUUAUGAUGUAGGUGCUGCAGCUCUGAUCUACUCCUUUGCUGGCUGCUCCUUCACUCACAAACUCCACCCAUACUUCAGUCCCUAUCUGAAUCAGGGUGGUAACAACUCUACACCUCUGAUCAUCUGUCCUGUCAAUCAAACUGAGUCGAUCAACGACUGAUUUUAUUUGAUGAACUGAUUGAUUUUUACUUGAAGGAACAAAGGAACAUAUUCAGUUUACAUACCCUACAGUUUCCAUAGAAUAUGAUUACUGUGGACUCGGAUCUACUCUUUGGUUUAUUCCUCAUGGAAUAAUUUGAUGUAAACAUGUUAAGGGAAAAUUGUACUUAGUAGUCAGUAUAAGCUUUUAAUGAUAUAAGUUUAACUGUGAUAGAAUGCUGCAUGAUGACCUUUUCCUUGCUUAGAACUGAUUGUUCUUUAUAAAACGUGUUCUGAUAUUUCUAUCUGAAUCUUCCCACAGCGAUAGUAAGAAGUUGAACAAGCAGUUCUGACCUCGCACACACACACACACACACCCACACACACACACACACACACACACACACAAUCACAUACGCACAUGCUCACGUCACUGAACAAAUGUAUUCAUUUCUCUUGUGUAUAAAUAAAGACAAGUGCAAGAACAGAGCGCGCACUUCACAGGGCCCCCACUCUGAUGUGAGCGCUCUGUGACCGCCCUUGCAAGUCAAAACCUACUGUGUGUGUGUCCUCAC